UAUGAUCGCAAUGACUCACGGGAUGAUAGGCGCGAUGACUUUCGAAGCUACAAACGUGAAACUGAUUCACAUCACGUUUCACGAUCUACAAAAGAUGAUCGAUACGAAAAAGAGUCUAGUCAUAGAUCUAAACCUUUCUACCGCGAUGAUGAUGAUUCAUGCAGACGAUAAGGUCCAACUGAAUCAAAGCAUCAGAAAACUCAUCUCACUAUCAAUGGUUGAAUGGAAAAACAAAUAUGUAAAUCACGACUUCUUUUGGACACAGGUUGUACUACUUUAAAAUCUCAUAUCACUAUUUCUUGAUGUAUAGUCCAUUUUACAAGUUAUGAAUGCAAGUCGUGUGGUUCAGAUCAAAAAAUCAAUCCGUUUACCUGAUCUUUUAUCCCAAAUUGAACCCAUGAAGAGUAUCGUGAAACAAACUUUUUGCUUAUCAAGCUCCCCUUUGGUUCCAGUUUUUGCAUCGGAUUCAAUGGAUGUGAAAUUGAAGUUUUUUCGCAGUCUUGUGUUUAGUGUCUGUAAGUUUUUGAUAAGAGGACAAUUGAAGAUCUAAGCUCUUGUGUUUUUGAUCUUUACUGGUCUCAGAACUGCAAUUCAUAUAAUAGACUUUGUAAUCAAGUAAAUUGUCAGCCUCCAACUUUUUGUUUAUAUUCAAAUCAUACCUUUGCACAACAUGAUGAUGUGUCCUGCUAUAAGAUCUUAUGGGGGUUCUGGUGGCAAAAGUUUGGAAAUCUGCGUAUACCCAUACUCUCUUUUUACAAUCG